CUCUUCGAGGGUUUCUCUUGGCGUUCUUUGAGAGAGCACGAACCUCACAUCACUCUCGAGAGAGCGAAGCUAGGGCAGCAGGGUUUUGAUGGCCUGAGGAGGUGGGAGGUCUUGGGAGAGCGAUGGCGGAUGCGGAGAAGGAGUUGGAGAACCGGCUUUUGGAGGUCGGGAAUCGACUGGCUUCGCCUCCGUCGGAUGUCGAUGAACUGCUUGGACUUCUUGAUCUAACUGAAAGUUUCUUGGUGAGGGUGGAUCAAUCGCCAUCUCCAUCGAUGUCAGCCGCACUUAAUCCUGUAAUUAAUGCCCUGGUUUCUGAAGAACUCUUUAAACAUCUAGAUUUGAAUGUCAAAGUUGGCGUAGCAUCCUGUAUUAGUGAAAUCACAAGAAUAACAGCACCAGAGGCCCCUUAUAAUGAUGAUUUGAUGAAGGUGGUCUUUCACAAGAUCGUUGAAACCUUCAAAAGGUUGGAUGACAUAUCUAGCCGGUCAUACACAAAGAGGGUUUCUAUUCUUGAAACUGUUGCAAAGGUUCGAUCAUGUGUGGUAAUGCUGGAUCUAGAAUGUGAUGCAUUGAUUUUAGAGAUGUUUCAACAUUUCUUAAAGACCUUAAGGUCAAAUCAUUCAGAAAAAGUCUUUUCAUCAAUUGAAACUAUCAUGACACUUGUGUUAGAGGAGAGUGAAGAUAUCUCCUCUGAGCUUCUCUCAUUUCUUCUGGCUUGUGCAAAGAAAGAUAGUGAGGAUGUUGUGCCAGCUGCUCGCAGAUUAGUGGAAAAAGUAAUUGUGAACUGUGGCGCUAAGUUGAAACCUUACUUGGUGGAAGUAGUGCAAUCAAUGGGUGCUUCUUUAAGCGAAUAUAGCGAUAUUAUUGGUACAAUUUGCCAGGGGAAGUCUGAAGCACAUGAUGGUUUACACUCAUCUAGAGAGCAUAUGUUAUGCAUGCGACUCCAGAAUUGUGAUGUCAAGACGGAUACUCAGGCAGAGGACAGCAAAUUGUCAGAUAGGACCAUCUCAGAUGAUCUUCCUCAGGGGCCUGAACUUAGGGAGCCAGAAGUAGGUUAUCCUGCAGAGGAUGAUAGAGCUACUGAAAAGCCGGGAAAAUUAGUUAUGAGCAAUGGGACUGAUGAGACGGCGAAGAUUGCAGAUGUUGACUCCAUGGCACAACCUAUACUUGAAGAACAAAAGCCUGAGAACUUGGAGACUGAAGUUGUAGGGAGAGAUGAUAUCUCAAAUCACAGUACAAAGACAGAGAUAGGUCAUAAAACUGGUUCUUCAAUUCAGGUAAAUGAAGGCACUGAUCAUUCUCAAGUAGACAGUGAUAAAGAGGCUUCAGCAAUGCCUAAUAGGAGUGAAAUUCAUGUUAAAGAGGCUCAUAGUUCAAAUUCCGAUUGUCCAUCCGGUAAAGAAACAGAGGCAGCUGCAUCUCUGCAAAGUGAUAAAAAGGAUAUUGAGCCUCUGUCGUGUUCAGGAAAUGGAGCUGUUCAGAUUGCUUCUCCAACUGUUAAUGCAGAUGUUCCUGUGGCUCCUCGCCCUAAGCGGGGCAGGCCUCCUGGUUCAAAAACUGGAGUAAAACAAAGGGAUCGACAUAAAAGCGAUUUUAAGAGUGAUCACACAUCAGAGAAAACAGCAGCUCCUGGGGGCAUUGAUCCCAAGCAGGAUGCUGAUUUUACUGGCAAUUCAGGAGGAAAAUCACAGAAGCGUUCAGCUAAGAAGGUACAUGCAGAGAGUGCUGCUGACGGUGACACACCAACCGCAGCUGCUAUUCCAUCAACUAAAGAUGCUGAUGUCAAGAAUGCUGCUGGUGUAAAACCCACCAAGCAGACAGGUAAAAAGGAAGUUCCAAGAAAGCUUCCUGAGGUAGGGUCAUCAGGAGGACAUAAAUCUAAAGUCAAGCAUCGGAAGGGUAAAGCUUUAAUUGAGGAGGAUGCAUCUGAAGAAAUGAGUUUGAAGGAUAUGAUUUCCAAGAAAUCAGCGAGUAAGAUGCUCAGAGAGCAAAGUCAUUUGACUGAUAGUGUUAAGAGAAAAGCUCGCAGGAAACGUGCUAGUGGUCUGGAGGAGACUCUUGAAGCUGAAGAUGUUAAAACAGACCUUGGUGUGGAACUUGUUGGUUCCAAGGUUAAAGUGUGGUGGCCUGAUGACAAUGAAUUUUAUCAUGGUACUAUUGAUUCUUUUGAUCCUGUUACAAGGAGGCAUAAGGUUUAUUAUGAGGAUGGUGAUGUUGAGUUGCUCUUUCUCAAUGAUGAGCGGUGGAAGCUUAUUGAAAGUCGCUCAACAAAAGAAGGGGGCCAAGCCAAAGAAACUUUGAGUCUCGAAGGUUCUUUGGAGGGCAAACAGCGAAACAAAAAAUUGAAAAGUUUAGAUUCUGGGUUUAAACCGGCCAAGGAACCCGUGCCAGAAAACAGUGAUGUUUCAAGGGGUAAAUCUCAGCCUGAUGGUGAUGAGUCCAGCAGUAAGCUUGCCAGUGGUAAAAGACCAAGAGGUCGACCGAAAGGAAGUUCGACAAAAAGGACCCCCAAAUCCCCUUCUGGCAAACCUAAGGAGAAACCUUUAAACAAAUUCCAGGAGAGCAGUUCUACACCUAGCAAGAACAAAGAAGAACUUGGGAAAGAUACCAAGGAUGACAGCUCUGAGACGAUCUCGGAUGACACUCCUAUGGGAAGCAUCAAGGCGAAGUAUGAAACUCCAAAAGCUGACAGCAACCCGAAGGCCAACGUCUCCAAAUCUGGUACGAAGGUCAAGAAUGUCAAGUCUAACAAAAACACUAGCAAGUCAGCUGAAAAAGCUGUUGAUACCACCGCCAAAACUCGGAGUGUUGAUGCUACUACCGAUAAGAAACUGAAAGAAGUGACAUCCAAAAUGUCUUUAGAAAGAUCCCGACGCAAACGCAAAGCCUCCAGAACACCUGCAUCUGAGGGAAAACAUGAUGCAAAUGGCUCAAAGGUGAAGGCGAAAGCAAAAGUUGAAGAAACAGCGACUCCUGCUGUGAAAACACCGACGGAUUCAGACAAGGGGCGAGAAAACCCAGCCAUGUCGGGAAAGAAUCAGAGGAGAAAGGGACAUAGUUAAAAAACAAUGAUACUGGAGUUCAUCGACGAUCAUGUUAAUUACCCCUUUAUUUAUCUGUUUCUUUGGUGUAACUAUGAUCAUGAUAUGUUUUGCUUGCUUGGUUAGACAUUUCUCGCCCCCGUGAUGCCGAGUCGUCGGAAUGAGAAUGAAGUGGUCAUGCAGGUGGUUUGUAGGGACGGUAGGAAGCCGCGAGGUAUGGAUGACGUCGUGGACCAUAUGCUGUGACUAGCUGACUAUGUUUAGUUUAGGCUAUUGUAACCAAGUCUAUUUAAUGUUUUAUGUUGAUAUAUCAUUCAGAGUUUAUGAAUUGUAGUGAAAGUGCAUUAAGAUAUCAGGAAAAAAAAAAGAAGAGGAAGUCUAGAUCAGAUGGUUUUGUAGAGGCAUGCUUUGUGGAUGCUCAUUCAUGUUUUUACUGGUUUGGUUAUUCUUGUUA